AUGCUUGCUUCCGGUGCAGGGACUGGGGGUAGUAGUACACCAGAUUCAAAUGAAUUUGUUCGUGGUACUAGUCCCGAAUUCACAGACGAAUUGGGUGAACUUGUUCCAGUACUUGACUCAAUACAUUUAGUUCCUUAUAAAAAAAGUUCCCUAGUUGGUUCCUCCUCUCCUUUUGAUCCUAAAAAAGUUAAAGUUACUGUUCAACGUCCUGGUGACCAAAAGGCUUAUCAAUGUGGACCACAUCUUAGAAAAACGAAGAAAACAGAUUCAGAUGCUAUCAAAGAAAUUAAUCGUUGUCGUGAGGAGAAUACUACACGUUUAGAUUUAACUAAAGGUCAAUUACACUUUCUACCACCAUCAAUACGUGAUGUUGCACAUCAUCUAAAAGAACUUUAUCUAUAUUGCAAUAAAUUAGUGAAUUUGCCGAAUGAAAUUGGUACAUUGUUUGCAUUGGAAAUUUUAAUGGUACAAGAGAAUUCAUUAAGUGAUCUACCAGAAACAUUAGCACAAUGUACACAAUUACGUGUAUUAGAUAUAAGACAUAAUAAAUUAUGUGAAAUUCCUCAAGUUGUUUAUAAACUACAUAACUUAACACAUUUAUUUCUACGUUUCAAUCGAAUUCGUGUAGUGGAUGAAGAAAUUAAAUAUUUAACCAAGCUUCAAGUUCUUAGUUUACGAGAGAAUAAAAUUCAUACACUCCCAGCUGAUCCUGGUAUCGGUCAAUUGACCAAUUUGAUUACAUUAGAUGUUUCACAUAAUCAUUUGGAGCAAUUAUCUGAAAAAAUUGGCCAUUGUCAAAAAUUGUGUACAUUAAGCUUACAACAUAAUGAACUACGUUCGCUACCGAAUACAAUUGGUGAUUUAAAAAUGUUAGAAAAUAUUGGCUUAAAAUAUAAUCACUUGGAAUCAUUACCAGAUUCGUUAGCACUUUGUACAAAUCUCUUAGAAUUAAAUAUUGAAGGCAAUAAUAUUUGGCAAUUACCGGAGGGACUGUUAACACAUUUGAAAAAAGUUUCCUGUGUGACAUUGUCAAGAAAUUAUUUUAAUAUUUUUCCAUCUGGUGGUCCUCAACAAUUUACUUCAAUACAAUCUCUCAAUAUGGAGUACAAUCAAAUAACUCGAAUACCAUUUGGUAUAUUUUCACGUGCAUCAAAUCUAACUAAAUUAAAUAUGAAAGAUAAUCAAAUCGGUGCUUUUCCACCGGACAUUAAAAGUUGGACAAGUUUAGUUGAAUUAAAUGUUGGUACAAAUCAAUUAACAAAGCUUCCAGAUGAUAUAGAAUAUUUGAAUAAUUUGGAAGUAUUAAUUUUGAGUAAUAAUCAAUUAAAACAAAUCCCAGUAACUAUUCGAGAAUUACAAAAACUACAAGUUUUAGACUUGGAAGAAAACCAUUUAGAAUGUUUACCGCCAGAUAUUGGUUAUCUAGGUGAACUUCAAAGAUUGGUGGUCCAAUCGAAUAGACUGACUAGUUUACCUCGAGAAAUUGGUCGCUUAUAUAAUUUGAUUUAUUUAGCUGUUGGUGAAAAUGAACUACAAAGUAUACCGAAUGAAAUUGGUGAUCUGCAUAAAUUGGAAACAUUAUAUUUAAAUAAUAAUUUGAAUUUACAUGAUCUUCCAACUGAAUUAGCUAUGUGUUGUAGUCUACAAAUGAUGUCCAUUGAAAAUUGUCCUUUAACUCAAAUUCCUGUUGAAGUUGUAACUGGUGGUCCUUCACUAGUGAUUCAAUAUCUACGUCUACAGGGCUCUUUCAGUCAUAUAUAA